GUACAGCUCUACUAGUGUUAGUAGAAGAUGGAAGAGCUUGGUAUUUGAGUACAAAAUUGACGGUAGGUUGGUCUAUUCAUUGGUUAGUUUGGUUGUUUGGGCCCGAUAAAUACUAAAUUCGACUAUAUCGCAACACAGGUAUCUGGAAUUAGCAUUGAUAGUUUAUUUCCAGACAAUGGUCAUGAUGAUUCUACGCGGAAGUUUUACUUUGGUGAUUUGAAGAAAUGUCUGCAUGUAUGUUCCCCUUACAAACUUUGUACUGUUCUCUUGUACACUAAUAUUAAAUAUUAGUAACGUUAUGUUUCUGACUUGCAGAUUUUUAUUCCAAUCAACAAUGAAAAAAUAGAACACUAGUUGCUUUUUAUAGUACAUAUGGGUGAUGGUAUUGUAGAAAUAUGUGACUCGAUGCUCGACAAACAUGGGUUGUCAACUGGAAGUGUUCUUGUGAAAAUGGUGAUGGAGAAGCUUGAUUACUUACUUGCUGACCAAAUAGCCGAGAAAAUGGGGCCUUCUUUUUCAUUCACCUGUUUUCAGGUUCAGACAAAUGUUGGAGUUCUUCAACAAUCAAAUGGAUAUGACUAUGGCAUCCAUGUCAUUAACCGGAUUGAGGGUCGUCACGAGGUCUAUUUCAAACACUCUGUUAGGAUUCGCAUUGCUCUUGAGCUGGUGACUUCUACGCACAACAAAUUUAUGGGUAAUGUUCAGCUUGCUUUCGAUGUGUGGAAGAAGACGAAGAACUAGGGAAUGAGGGGGGGAUUAAAUAGGAAAUUAUUUUAAGUGCAUUUACAAGGGAGUGUUUGACAGUUGUUAUUUUUUGGGACCGCCUGUAUAGGAUGGAAUUGGUUGUAGGAAUACUUCAUCUUUUGGGACCGAUACAGGGCCAUUUUGCUCUUUAUCUACUUCAAAUUUUUACAA